UCCAUGGCCUCUUUCCCCCUCCAAGGCUAAAAAAGAAAAAAACAGCAACCUCUUUUCACCUCUCUCUCUCUGUGUUUCUCGAUUCCUGGGGCGUCUUGAGAGGAAGAAAUGUGUUCUCGAAUCGUUUGAGAUAGAGAGGUGGGAGAUUAAGAGGGGUUAGGGCUUUUCUUUUCUGUGCCAGUUCGUGUUAAAAGACUGCUGCUGGAGAUUGCUGGUGUUUGGUUUGGGCGACCCUAAAGAUCAUUUAAGGAUAACUGGUGAUGCAGGAUUGUUUGAGAUGCAUAUUAUUUUUUCAUUGGCUUGAGAGAAACAAUCAUAAACUUGAUGAGGGGUCUAACUGUGAUGUCGUUGGUCAAAGAAAAGUGGCUGCCCUUUGGAUGAUGCCAGAUAACCAACUUUGCCCUGCACCUCAAAAUAUCAAUCCAUCAUCAAGGAGAAGGACAAUGCCAAUAUAUCUGAUUGCUUAUCUAAAAAUCGAUAACCAAGUUAUUUGAGCCUAAUCGAGUGUUCUUACCCGAGAUAACAAGGAGUUCGAUUCUUGCAAGUUCUUCAACUAAGAUUUCUCUGACAGAAGCAGAAGACUACUGCUGCUGCAUGUGGAGGGAAUUCAAUGGCUGAAAAUUUUAGGAGGCGUAAAUCUAGAUGGGAGAUGGCAGAAACUCAUUUUCCAAAUAAAGUUAGAAAAGACAAUGCUCUGCCUGUGAAAGCAGUUCUUUCUCAUGAUAAGGAAUCAAAAUCAAGUCGGAGUUCCUUUAAAUACAACCAUAAUCAAUUUUCAAAGUGGUCUGACAUGGAAGGAAGCAAUGCCCCAAUCCAUGGAGAUGAUUUUGAAGCACGUCAAUUGGCAACAUGGUCAAAAAGACCCAAGUCUCCAAAGUGGUCUGAUAUGGAAUCUGACCAUAAAGGCUCUAAGAAUUCUUCCUGGCAACCCCUUUCUGGAAGCCAGUCUGCAAGGGGAGAUGAUAACAUAAGUAGGGACACUGCUGGUUGGGGUACAACUGUAGACCAAACCAAUCCCGAUGCAUGGAAGCAACACAAAGAAGGCUUGAAGAAUUCUUCCUUGGAACCUGUAUCUGGAAUCCAAUCCACAAGAGGAGAUGACAAUGUCAGGAGGGACACUGCUGGUUGGGGUACAGCUCUAGAUCAGAUUGGUCCUGAUGCAUGGAAGCAAUGCAAAGAAAGCUUGAAGGAUUCUUCCUCAGAACCUGUAUCUGGAAGUCAUUCUGCAAGAGCAGAUGAUAAUGUCAGGAGGGAUGCUGCUGGUUGGGGUACAGUUCUAGAUCAGACUGGUCCUGAUGCAUGGAGGCAACACAACCAUAGUGUUUCACCAGAUAAUGUUUGGAACAGGUCGCGCAGGAGUAGAAGCAGGAGCCCUUUCAAAGGAUUAAGGCAUGAGUCUGAGAGCUGGAAUGAUAGAAGUAGAAAAGGAGGAAGAUCUGCUGCACCUUGUAGAGAUUUUGUAGCAGACAGGCAUAGGACAGGUGGUCAAUUUAGAUAUCUUCGUGAAGUUGGUAGUCCAAGACACUCUGGUAGGUAUCAUGACAAUGAUGCAACUGAAAUCAGGAAAAUUAGAUCUGAGAGGGGAAGGUACUCAGUGCAUGACAACAAGGAGGACAUCAGAGAUUCAUUGGAUCAAAGCAAUUAUUCAAGGAACAGGUUUUCUCGGAGGCAUGGGAAUGACAGCGGUGGUGAGGAGAGGCAUGAGGUGUAUAAAACUAGCAGGUCAGCUGGCCUCUGUCAUGACUUUGCAAGGGGUAGAUGCAACAGAGGUUCAAUGUGCAGAUAUCUUCAUCAUGAUGCUUCCUCUGGUGGCGGACCUUUCAGGAAAGAUUAUCCCUGGGAGAGGACGUUUGAUAGAAGAGAUGUGGAUGCGUCUUCCUUCAGGCAAAGUGUUGAGCCUUGCAGGGUUACUGAUGCACCUUGCAAGUAUUUUGCCAAAGGUCACUGCCGUCAUGGUGAAGACUGCAAGUUUUCUCAUCAGGUUCUACCAAAAGCUCAUUCAAAAGAGAGGAGAGAUGAUGAUAGGUGGAAUACUGGUCUGGAAUCUGAGAGAAGUCCAGUAUGGAAUGGUCCAAAGUGGGGUGAUGAAACUGCCCCCUCAUGGAAUGGUCCAAAGUGGGGUGAUGAAUCUGCUACAUCAUGGGAUGGUCCAAAAUGGGGUGAUCAAGCAGCCACUUCACAGAAUGAUUCGAAAUGGGGUGAUGUAGCCAACAUGCAUGCACCUAACUCCUUUCAGUGGAUGAGUGACAGUAAUGGUGCAGGAGAUGCUGCUUCUUAUUCCAUUGGCAUAGAAGAUUACCCAAUCAAAUCUCACCAUCCUCCAUCAACAGAACCUGAAAAGAAUAACCAUCAAAGCUUACCGAAGGAGGUGAUUGAGAAAGCUUUACCCUCCCAUGGGCAGAAUAUGACUUGGGAAGUGCCAGGGAAAGAUCAAAAUGUUCCAAGUGUUACUACAGAAACAGUGGUUGAAGGUACUUGUGUCCAGUGGCAUCCAGGCAUCAUGGAAGAGGUGCUUUGUGGUGAUGGUGAGGAAAGUGAGAAUGUACAUGCCAAUAGUGUGAAAUCCCAGGCAGCCAUGAAAUAUUCUGCUAACAAUCUGCAAACUGUGGUUUCUGUCCAUGACCAGUGUUUUGGUGAGAGUUCGCAAAGCCACCAUUUAGCCCCUGAGCCUCCAGAUGCACAAACCAUCACCCAAAAUGAGCAGCAUCAGCAAGUCCUUCCUCAAGUACCUUCAAAUACAAAUCUCACUGGGCAAAAUCAGCUGUGUCUUCUUCCUCAUAAUGGACAGAGCCAAAAUCUUGCUGAACAGAGUCAGCACUAUCUAUCUGUUUCUCCUCAUGUUUCUCCAAGUGAACAGGUUGACUCUUCAAAUGGGCAGAACCAUAACUCACCUAUUUUACCACCAUCUGCUCAGCCAAAUCAGGUCUCUGUUUCAGAGCAGCAGUGUCCUACAUCUGAUGGCAUGAGAUCUGUGACACCAGACCCUGACAGCCUGCUUCCUGUCUUUACUCCAAUAUCUGUUGAAAUAAAAGAUCCUUCAACGGAGACAUUACGAGAAACUCUAAAUAACUCAUUUUCAUUACCUAUUACUGAUGGACCUAAUGAGGGCAAUCUGAACAACACUGCUGACUUGGAAGAAAAGCUGCAUUCUGGAAAGCAGGAGUCGAAGCAUAUUGAGCAAGAUGGGGAUGAUAACAAGAAAGUAAGUGAAACAGAAAUUGGCCAAAGAAAGAAAGAAGAACAAAUUGCCCAAUCAAAGGGUGUGAAUGCGUAUGCUCAUAUUGAUGGGGAGGGUAAGAGAAGCAGGGAUGAUAAGGGGGUGCGGAUGUUCAAAUUUGCUCUUGUGGAACACGUAAAGGAUAUGUUGAAGCCCACCUGGAAAGAAGGUCGUCUGACUAAAGAAGUUCACAAAACCAUAGUAAAGAAAGUUGUUGAAAAAGUGACCAGUACCUUGCAGGACCCUACCAUCCCUUGGACACAAGAAAGAAUUGACGUGUAUUUGUCAUGCUCUAAAGUGAAGCUCAACAAACUUGUACAGGCAUAUGUACAAAAAUAUGGGAAGAGCUGAGCCCAUGCUUGACAGCACCUAUGCUUUAUCAUCUGCUUAUUUUGCAUCAAUAUGAUAACGCUUUUCCCCACCUAUAGUUUUGGAUUUUUGUAAAUUAGAGAUUAUUUUGGGAGAAUUUUGUUGUUUAUCUUACAGUAUAGUGCGGUCCUUUGUUUCUGAUAUGUAACAGAAAUCUUCUGUCGCAGCCUGUGUUUCAGUCAUUGCUGCUUUGGAUGCUUAUGGCUACUUGAAUCAUUAGAUUUCAAUGGAUGAUGGCAUUCUGGACAGGUUAAGUUCACAGCCUGUUCCUUGGCA